AUGGAUGAGAAUAAUUUUCGAACUGUUAAAAAGGUACGAUAAAAAAAAAGCCCGGCUGGGGCGACUCCGGAAAGCAAUUGAAUCAACGAAAGACAUUUUGGAUGUGGUGUGGUAGUGUAUUAGGAUUUUAGGCUUAUGCUUCUCAGUAUGGAUACUCGUGUUAUAAAUAUAUUUGCUCAGUUAUUACUUUAAUCUUAAAAAGCGCUGAUGAACUUGACAUUUUAUAAGAAAAACUCGAAUGAUAAAUUUAAAUAACUUGUUUUAGAAUUGUAUUGGUAUAUAACCUUCCAAAGUGAAAAAAAAAAAGAAAGAAAAAAUUUCAAUCGCAGAUUAACGAGUCCAAAGGCAGCUAGCCGAAGUUACUCAGCGAUCAUGACUUGGCGAGACGACGCUUUGUAUUUGCAGCUGUGUUGUUCGCGUCAGUUUUCUGGACUGGUGUGAAAGAGGUUUAACAUAAGCCUACAAUUCACAAAACUAUGAUCGGCCAAUUAUUUGCUUCAUCUUAGUUUGAGAAUUAACUUCAUUUUUUUGCAAGUGAACUUUUGAAUUUGAGGCUUAGGAUUAGGGCUAGGCUUGAAAAUAUUCUAAUAUUAGUAAUAACUAUUACUAUUAGUAAUAAUAAUUAAUACUACCUAUUUUCUAAUUCUACCAUUUGCCCAUACAAAUGCAGAGCUUAGUACUAUUACUACUACUAGUAGUAGUAGUACUAAUAAUAAACUUUUCUAAUUGGUACAGGUAGUAUUUGUUGACAACAGGAUAAUUUUCAUAUGUUAUAACAAAAAUGAGUAAAAGUGGAAAAAAAAAUGAGUUUUUAACUAUUUCAUAUAUGUACAAGUCUUGAGUGAAAGUAAAACUGCCACUGCAAUUAGGUAAUGAAAUAUAACCACUUGCAUAAGUUACACUGAUGUACUUUGAUAGAUAUGUAGGGACAUGUUAGCAUGCUUUAUUUCUGUGUAAUUUCUUUAAUGUUAGCUUAUCAAAUUAGAUGGAUUUUCAAAUGGCUUAACUCAAUGUAUUGCAUAUAGUUUGCACCUGUGUGUUCCACUCUGUAUAUAUAUAUAUAUACUUGUAAUGAAAUUUUAAAAACCAUUGGCAUUUUUCUAUUGAAAAUGUACAGUGACAAGUAUUAAAUGGGCAUAGAAUACAUUGUUUUUUAAAUGUAACAAAUCGUUACGAAGUUAGUAUAUCUUGCAGAACGUAAGAAUUUGUAACAGGUCUAUAGAAUGGAUCCUGGGUUUGGGUUUUUCUAUAGACUCCCUUCUCAAGUAGGGCAUACAGGGGAUAGUGAUGGAAUCUCUGGACUAGGAAGAGAAAGCUUAAUUAACAAUUUGAGUACUUCUGUUAAUUUCAACUUUGAGAGAUCCAAAAUGUCAGUAGGUAGUUCAGGGGGUAGUCCUAGUAGUGCUUCAUCGGGUGGUAUUAUUCCUGUUUUGAGCUCUUCUCCAGAAUUAGGAGCACAAGCUAAAGAACAGAGGAGUGAAAGCACUGAAAAAGUACAUCCAUGUCAUUCAUGUGGAAAAUCAUUUGUUGAAAAAGAUGUUCAUUUCCACAUGCCCUGUCACUAUACUGAAAUUCUGAGCUGCAACAUGUGUGGAGAGAAGUUCACUCAGAAGAAGACCCUCCUUGACCACUGUCGAGCUUUGCAUGGUAUAACAGAUCCUGUUGUUUGUGAGCUGUGUGGAAAGUGUUUUGCAACCUUGGAAAGCUAUCAGAGUCAUCAGGCAAUUCACAGUGGUGACAAACCUUACCCCUGUGAAGUUUGUUUCCAGUCAUUUACAGAGAAAAGCCUUCUGAUGCAUCACUUGCGGUCUCACUACAGUGAAAAGCCCUAUCGGUGCCAGUACUGUGGUAAAGGAUUCACACUUAAAGGCAAUCUGAAGAUUCAUGUCCAGGGUCACGAAGGAGUGAAACCAUUUGCAUGCGAAGUAUGUGGUAAAACGUUUACUCAGAAACUAGGAUUAGAGUACCACAUGAACUCGCAUACUGGAAAGAGACCAUAUCCCUGCGAAAUUUGUGGCAAAACCUUCAGUCAACGUGGCAACAUGAAAACCCACAUGUUGAUUCACACCGGAGAACGUAGAUUUCCAUGUCCUGAGUGUGGCCGACUAUUCACACAGAAAGGCAACAUGAAAACACACCUAAAAUUGCACCUGAGGCAUCCAUCGAUGCAGAAACCUUAUCAAUGUCCUAUCUGUAAGAGAUCAUAUGUAACUCAAGCUAGCUUACAGUGUCAUAUGGUAUGUCACCAAGAAGUAUCUGCUUUUCAGCACAGAAAUUUACCAUCGACUAGUACUUCUUUAAGACGUGAAUAGAAAAGUUCCCAUGUUCAGUUAAUUAAAAGUGGUGUUGGUAUAUUUCAUUUAACUAUUGUUAGUAUAAGCACUUUUUUUGUAUUUGGCUGCUCAGUACAAAAAUUCUGGCCUGUAAUUUUAAAAGCAUGGAUUAGUUUGUAAUACUUUUAAUAAGUAAAAAAUAAUAAUCAUGGUUUCGGUACGUUGGGAUGCAUAAAGCUUCCACACUCUAAAAUGUGCAAAGAUAUAGGAUGUUAGUAUUUAACUAAAAAAAAUUGUACUUAAAUACACAAAACUUAAAUUCUAAAAGUUGCAUGGAUACUCCCACUUCCCCUUUUUAUUUCCCAUAAAAGUUUUUUACCAUUAAGUAUAUUGAUGUCUGGCAACAACUAUUUCAGUAGAUAACUUUUUAUGAUAUAAUACUCCUUUUUUUUUUUUAACUACAUACAUGAAUUUUGAUUUGUGCAUGCAUUAUUUCAAAGCUUUAACAUUAGUUGCAAAUGUGUUAUGUACAUUGUAAAUAAACUGUGUUCUUAGUUAAUGAGUAAAUUGUCAACAGAGGUUAGUUUUGUUUCCUUUCCAUGAACAGUGUUGGAUCUUGUACUGUUCACUUGUUCCUUAAUUUUUGCUACAUAAGUUAGUUCAGAAUGAGUUGAAGAUGUUUGUUUUGAUAACUUAUGUAGGCUUUGCUAUAAAUAUUUGGAGGUCUUACAAAUAUGUAAAAAAGUUAUCUCACAAUACACCAAAUCAUUGUUGCCAUAUAUUUUGUUUGGUUGUAGAUGUAAUAUUUGAAAAUUUGAUCUUUGGUUACCAUCACUGUGAGAGAUAUAUUUUAUAUGUAAGAAAUGUAUCCAAACAUCAGUUUUAAAUGUAUUUUUAACCUGAGAAUUUGGAUAUCACUAGGAAGGAUUUGUGUUGUAAUGUAAUUCACCAGUGAUACUGGUAUUUCCCCUAGAAGUUCAUUUUCAUGUAGUGAACAUUGAGCUAUCAUAUCUGAUAUGGGUUAUGUAAAUACACUUACUAGGGGUUUUGUUUAGAAUAUGGCCAUCAUAUUCCGUAGACGUGAGAUGUAGUUGGAAUAUGAUCUGUAUAAAGUAUUAAUCUGGUACUGUAUUCCAGUGAUGUUAGUGGAUAAUAAGAUUUUUAUUUAUGGUUUUUGUGCUUUUACAACUUUCAUCAACUUUUUGCCACUGAGCAAUGGUUUCAACCAAGCCCUUUUAAGUUCUUAUAGAAAGAAAUUAUUUGAAUGUCACUCCAACCACUGAAUUACCCAAACUGUUGCAUAAUAUUUGUAAAAACUUCACCUUUUAAUGUAUUCAUAUGGUAUGAGGUUAGGGUCUACCAUAGAAUAUUUAUGAAGUUUAUACACAUACAAUGUUGAUUAUGAUUCUUGCUUUGUGUCUAUAUAUAUUAUAUAUAUAUAUAUAUGUGUGUGUGUGUAUAUAUAUAUAUUCUUAUGUGGCAUGUAUUAAGCACAGAAUAGUGUAAAUUGUAUUCUUGAAAAAUUGAAAAGAAGCUAAUGUACAAGAUGUCCAGAAGAGAGAGUUAUCCUGACAGUGUAUGGUUGAUGUUGUCUCUGAAGGUGAUUGCUAUUGUAAUUGUUGAAAUUUCAUUUUGGACAGUGUGUAGUUAUUAGCACUGUGGUUCAUUACUCCUGUGGAAAAGAUUUACUGUCUUUUUACAAGUUUUCUAGUAUAAAACAUGAGACUACAGUAUAACUUGUUACAAUGUCGAUAGAGAAUAUUGGCAUCUUUACAGAGAUCAAGUUUAUUAUGCAGUGAAAUAAGAGAGACAGAAGUGAGUUUUGUAAUGCAUAACAGUGUAUGUUUUUUUGGCAUUUAGUAAUAUGAACUAAAAGUAUGCAGAAGAUAUGAACUGGAAAAUGUCAGUUGAAAGAUCACAACAAUGUACUUACAACACCGAUAUCACAUUUUCUUCUUCAUAGCAUUGUUGUAAAUAUGCCAUUUUCAACUCUGAAAAUUAGGAAAAAUACUCCAUAGUAAUACAUGACUUUAUACUUCAGAAUCUGGUGCACACUCAUCUGAAUUUGACUGUAGCCUAGGUUAUUUAUACUUAAAAUCUUGUGCUUUGUGUAAGUUAUAUAUAAAUGUAAAAAUGGUGAUACCGGUGAAUCUGUUAAUUUCUGUUUUAUGUGUUAAGUUUUUGAAAAGAAUAUCACACUAGUGUGAAGUUGAGAAAUACCUAGUUGUAUUAUUACAUAGAGAACUCAAUUUUAUUGAUUGUUGUAACAUAUGGACUGACUAAUUGAUUUAUGAGGUGUUUUGAAUGUGCUUGGGCUUACAGUCAGUAAUUAGUGAUGGUUAGGAUAAUCAUCAUCAGGUACACCAAAUGCAAGUGAAUGACAAUCCCCCAUACAAUAAGAUCAUUCAAAAAGAUUUAUUUGUUGUUUAAUGUGAAUGAAAAUUUGAGUAUAGGUUCUUCCAUCACACAUUACUAACACUUGUGUUAGAUGUAAGUAGUGUACCUAGACAGUUGAUUUAUAUGUACAUAUAGAAAUAUGUACUAUAUCCUGUUGCAUUAUGAUAUUGACUUUUAUUAAACUAUACAUGAAUUUAAGUUUUAAUAAAUCUUUUUUGAUAAACAACCAAAAUAUAAACACACAUUUUGUGCUAUUUGAGUUCUUCAGCAUGAUAGAGUUGUGUAGAAGUGUGGUUAUGAAAUCCAUGGUAUGUGUUUGAGAAGAGAAAAAGAACUGCCAUAAAAUGUUUUAGUUUUUGCUGCCAGUCAUACACAGAAGUUGUCGUUCAAUCCCUUUAGGAAUAAGUAAUUUUAUUAUUAAAUGUGUUUUGGAGAAUCCCAUGGAAUCUAAUGUUAUCUUAGUUACAUUAUCUGCAAACUUGCACUCGUCUUGCAGUUAUAUAUUUUUAACGAAUAAUUUUUGCUUUUAUGAACCUAACACAAAUGAAAUCAGACUGUUACUUUAACAGCUAAUUAUUUUCUUGUUGAUGGUAGCAUGGGAUAUGUUACUGUAGGUCAGUAAUGAAUACUGUCUGCAACCAUCACACUUACUUUCUCAAUAAAAUCUCAUAACAUUCUAAUACACUGCCUUUUGCAUUAGACCAGGUAAUUUAUAAGCUUUCAAAUGAUUAGAUGGUAGCUUGUGUUUUCUUAAGAAGAUAAGCUUCAAAUUUGUUGAAGUAUUCACAGUUUGUAAAGUAUUCAUUUCAUGGUAAAUGCGCACAAAAUUGGGGUGUAAUGGAUUAAAACUGUGCUGAAAUUUCAUAAGUGGGUUUCUGAAAGAAAAGGUAGAUGUGUUGUCUUCUUUUACUAUUUGAGUGUGAUUGCUGUUUGAUGGUACCUUAACUAAGCUGUAUAUAUAAUGUCAGCUUGCCAAAAAGUUGGAAGAAUGUUUAAUAGCAGUAUUGUAUAAACCCUUUUUACACACUGAAGAUAGGCUCGUGUUAUUUGUGGCUGCCAUGGCUUGCAUCAUCUGUGCUUAAGACUGCUAAUGACAUGUUUUUACACACAACUUUGUAAGAGUUGAAAUUCACUAUCAUCCUCAUGUGACACAAUAGUUUACGAUGUUGUAACAUGUCUGACUUGAUUCUUUGGCAUCAGUUAGUGUUUUUAUUAUGUGACAUAUCUGUAAGUACUAAACGUUUGUGUGAUACAAAUCAUUGUUUCUUGAGCAUAUUUUUAAACAUGCUACAAAUAAACACUGAAAUUUGUGACCUACUGUACAUUCUAAGAUGAUCCAAAAUCUCUGUGAUUUAAUACUAUCUCAUGAUGUGGCAGAAUUUGUCUGGUGACUAAAUGGGGGACCUGUCAUGAUAUAGGUUAAGUGGCAUGAUGCUCAAAUAUUAUGUGUAGUUAUAAAAUUACAGGGAAGCUAAAUUUUAUGCAUUUAAACAAUUUCACAUCAUGUAUAUUUUACAUGAAUAUUUAGAAAUCCCUAUAUCUAGCUAUGCCAGUGAUCUUCACUGUUUCACAUCAUGUAUACUUUACAUGAUUAUUUAAAAAUCCCUAUACCUCGCUAUGCUGGUGAUCUUUACAAUUAAUUAAUUAAUCAUAGUUAAUUGAUGAGAUACACCUCUAACCAGUAAUCAUUUAUGUGAUGUUAUACAUUUCUUUACCGUGAGUAGUUAUGUGACAAUAUCCUGACUGUGAGUAGUUGUGUUGUAAUAUAUUGGAAUAGUCUGUGAUGUGAUACAUCUCUACACAGUAAACAGUGUGUGAUGAUACAUCUGUACACAGUGGAAGUGUGUAACGUGGUGCAUCCUUACAUGGUGAAAGUGUAUAAUGUGGUACAUUGAUACACAGUGAACAGUGUUUCAUGUGAUGCAUUGAUAUACGGUGAACAAUUACACAGUGAACAAUGUUUGAUAUGAUGCAUUGAUACACGGUGAACAGUGUUUGAUGUGAUGCAUCGAUACACGGUGAACAGUGUUUGAUGUCAUGCAUCGAUACACGGUGAACAGUGUUUAAUGUGAUGCAUCGAUACAUGGUGAACAGUGUUUGAUGUGAUGCAUCGAUACACAGUGAACAGUGUUUGAUGUGAUGCAUCGAUACACAGUGAACAGUGUUUGAUGUGAUGCAUCGAUACACAGUGAACAGUGUUUGAUGUGAUGCAUCGAUACACGGUGAACAGUGUUUGAUGUGAUGCAUCGAUACACGGUGAACAGUGUUUGAUGUGAUGCAUUGAAACACGGUGAACAGUUUUAGGACAUGGUACAUUUCUAUGCAGUCCUUUAUUUUUCUGGCAUUCUAGGAAGUUUGAGUGUAUUUCUUUUUUGUUGGGGGGGGGAUGUGCAAUCUACACAUCCAAUGCUUUGAAAGUUUUAGACUGAAUGAGCAGGAACUGGGUUACGUGUAACAGGAAGUUGGUGCUGUUUCAGCAGCUUUAAUAAUCUUUCAGAAAAGAAAUACUAAAAAUAAAUACCAAAUCUGUUAAACUUCAUGUUUACUAGUACUGGUUCCUUGUUAUAAAAAAUGAUGUAAAAUGAUUUUUAAGAUGCAUUCAUAGAGCAUUCAGCUAUAGUUAACGUAGUUUUCAAGUUAGAUUUCCUGAGGUCCUAUUUUUGUACUUUACAUUUUAUGCUUACUGUAGUCCUUCUUAAUUAUUGUUUCACAGUUGUAUUUUUUCUUGGUUAGCUAGAGUAAUUAACUUAUGUAUUGUGAUUUGAUUGGUAAUGAAAUGACCAGCAAAUAUGAUCACAGGGAAAAUGUAGAGGAAACUGAGAGAAAGGUUUAGAGAAGUAACUGGUCAGCAAAGUGUUGAGGUAACAAACUUAAAAUAUUUUAAGCUACAAUACUGAUUUACUGUCACACAAAAACAUAUUCUCACAAACUGAAAAAACUCUUCACUUAGGGAAAAAAAGCACAUGUAUUACUGUAUGCAUACCAAAAUGCAGAUAUUUGAACUGGAGUUUUCCAGCUGAAAUUAAAUAUAUAUAUUGGUAUUAGAAUACUGUGAAAGUAUUGUUUGCUUGAAAUACAGAAUGAAAACAUUAUUGCUUGUUUUGGUAAUGUGUUUUUGAGAAACCAUUGGAUAAUGUUAAAAUUAGUAUUUAAAAAAACUGGUAGUGUAAGAGAAGCAUUACCUACUCAGUGAUUAUGUCUAAUGUUCAUUGCAAACUUUCCCUUCUGUUUUAUGGAAUACUGACAUGCCACAGACAAUAUUAUGUACACUGUAUUUAUGCAAGACAGCUAGGUAUGUGAUGCAAGAUAUGAAUGACAAUCCUUUAAGACUAAUAUUUAUCCGAGUUAAAAACUGACAAUUUUUUAAAUGUCAGUGUUUGAAUUUGGUAACUGUAGAAAUUAAAAACCAUCCUACAGUAAAAUGUAUCAUUCUGAAUAUCAGUAUAUUCAUGAGAAUGUCAUUUAAUGAGGCUAGAGAGGUAAACUGUUUCUAUUUUAAUCAUUUGCAUUAUAUUAGCAUUGAACAGAAAAGUUUUUUUAAUUAUUAUUAUUUACAUAUUUAGUAGUGUUCAAUUAAAAUUAUAUAUUAUACAGUAUGAAAAACCUAGUUAUAUCUGAAUUUUUAGGUGCUUGAUUGACUGCAUUCAAGUAGUAUUUUAGAAUUGAAAUAUUUUCUUUGAAGCCAAUUUCUGCCAUUAUACAUGAUGGUGAAAUUAUCAAAAACCAUCCUUAUACUCAAAAUGCUUCAAGCUGCUAAUAUCAUACGAUAGUUUUGCAAUAAGAGUCAUUUAAAUAAUAAAAUUAGACACCCUGCUUAUUCCAGGAUACUAACCUUUAGUGUCUUAGAAACAAAAUGAAGAAAAAUACCAUCCUCUUUUUUUGUACAAGUACUUCAUCAAUCAUAACUGGCGAUGUUUUUACAAGGUUAAGCUUAGAACCAACCACUGGAAGAUUAAACAGCUGAAAAAACAAACUUGUUGGGUAAAAGCAAUGUAAGAUGUAAUGUAAAAGUUCUGGUGUGAAUAGCUUUAAAGUUACCCAUUUUUGAAAAAAAAAAAGUGUUGAAUUGUUUUGUGUUAUUCAAGGGGUAAAUAUUAAAAAACAACAACAUCUAAACAUUUUAUUUAAUAAUCAUGGGGUUAAGAGGGGUGGGUGUAGCAUGGGCAAAAAAUGCCAAGGAUUUUUUCAGUUGGAGCUGGGUGGACUUCCAUUUUUGGUUUUAUUUUUCUACAGGCCUUUGUCAUGACUGUAUUUCUGCACAGGGACAAGUUGUUUGAUGUGUCUUUAUUGCAAGUUUGUGACAUGAAAAUCAUGGCAGAGCCAUAGAGUUUGUGUGAUUGAGUUAAGUGUGUCUGAGUAUACUUUAAAUAAUUUUUAGACAUCUUUAAUUGGCCUUGACUUCCAAGAAACCUAAGUCAUUAAAUAAUUAUGUAGACUAAGAAAUUAACUGUUACUGUACAUAAUUUGAAAACAAAUGGUAAUUAAUUGCUCAGUGUAUUAAAGAUAUAAAUGGGCAAAUUACAGACUGAUGACUUAUUCUUUCACACUCAUAGAAUUCUAAUUUGCUGAAUCAAGUAUAGUCUUGCUUUUUAUUUUACAUGUCAUUCUUGAAAGUUGAUUUGUCUUAUACAAAGAACAACCAAACAUAAGCUCAAAGUUGUUCACAAGUUUUGAUCUUUGUAUUGUACAUAUUAUGCUAGGUUGUGCUUGUAUGUAUAUUGUUUAUAAAACCUGGCUUUAUUUGUGUUGUACAUAUAAUGUUAGUGCUUUUUGCAUAAUUACAUGUCGGACUGACUCAAGGUAAGACAUACAACUCUCUGCUUUAUCCAUUAGUUUUAAACAUGGCGUGUUCUUUAAAACAAAAUAACAUGAGUAUUUGCAAGUGGUAUUCUUAUAUUCAAAGUUGAGUUAUGUAAGUAUUAAAGAUAUUGCUGUGAUCAGAAAGAAGUGUUGUGUAAGCUGGCUUGAUGAUGUCACUUACUGCAAUUGGUGCCAAAGGAUUUGUUACCAUAAAAACUGAAACUGUCUAUGGGUUGGACCUGUAAAUUGUCUGUGAUGUUUUUUCAGCCAAAGAUGAUAAUCUUAAAAACCUGAGUUGUAAUAAACUUUGGAAUUGUUUGAUAAGGCCAGCUCUGAUCAUAGUGUGAAAAAGUGCCUUUUUAUUUCAGUUUUAUAGGAUUUGUGUGAAGCAACAGGGUCAACCUCUGUUUUUGGUGGUGUUUAGUGUUUGUGAAACAGGAUUCCUCUGUUUGUCUGGAAUUCAAGUAAGAAUGAAAAAAAGGGGCUGAUAAGAAUAUUCGUGCCAUUCCUUGGUUUUAUUAGGCUAUAAAGUAUUGAUAGAAUCUCAACCCUUUGAGGAAAACUAGUGAAGGAUUUUUACAAGUUAUUCAUGCUUACAGAUGGUAGUUAUACUCAUGUCACUACAUGGUGUAUGAAUGGAAUGACCAAUUACUGCAUGUGCAAUCACUUAAAAGGUUUAAGAAGAUGAACCCAGCAGCUCAGUAUGUUGGUGAUUUUGAUAAUAAUUAGCACUGUGGAAGACCACAGAACAGUAUUGUUCAUUAUUUGUACUUUUAAUGUUAAAUCUUUUCUAUGUGAUGCCUAACAAAACUCACUGGUAUCAAACCUUUUGUUUUUCCAACCCUUAAAAGACUAGAUAGCUAAUUUCUGUUGAGUAGUGUUACAUAUAAAAUGUAGCAGAGUAACUAUGUAAGAUAUGAUUGUGAGCUGUUUUUGUAUACUUUAGACAUGCAUUAGGAGAAAAUACAGUACUAAAUCAUAGCUGAAAGUAAGUUUUCUGGAACUAAACUGAAUGUACUUUCGUCAAGAACUAAAGUUAGAGAAAUAGUAUGCUAUGUAAGAAUUACAGAAUUUUUUAAGGUCAACAUAUUUUGUGUGAAACACAGACUGUGGUAUUUCUUUUAAUGAGAUGGUGCUCUAUUUGUUUCAUGUAUAUGAAAAGUUAAUUUUCUUUAUUCAGUUUAACUGUAUUAGAUUUCAACAAAUACUUAGUGUAGGUUUAUGUACAAACCAAGUGCUACUUUGUAAAAUGUGGUACAAUGUGUGUUCAAAGCUCCAUAAUCAAAAGCAUACUGGUGUUGAUUCAGAUGUAGACACUGAAAAUGAAAUCUUAUCUUGCACAAUCAAGUUCACUAUGAAUUUUCAUUGUUUAUAUUAUCCAGACAUGCAAAAUAAAUUCUGAUAAACUUUUCAGUUAUUUGAAUUGAAAUAAGUUGUAUUUUGAACAACAGGACUAGUUGAUUUUUUCCUGUUUAUAAUUGUGCAAAUUGCACAUAUGAAUACUUAAGAACAUAAAAACAGUUUGAAAAAUGAACUAUAUCAAGAACAAAUCUUAGAGUUCCUUCCAGUUUUUGUAAUAGGAGUAAAAUCAUACCUGCAAUGAAAGAUUAAUGCAUAUAGAUACAUGAAUUCUGUGAACUCGUGUGUAGUCAUUUUGUUUAGUAUUUUUUAGAACAAACAGACACUUGAAGCAAAUUAUAUUCAUAAUUUCUGUAUUGUAAUCAAACCUUACUGCUUCUACGAUAUGUUUAAAACUGUUGAGUGUAUCACUAAAUGAGUGUAAUCAAGAUUUUAUCAGAAUAUAAGUCCUAUAAAAUAUUAGCUUAGCAUUGUUAUUGUAGCAUUAGGAACUGUUAAUUACUGAUUCAAGGACAUUUAAGCUGUACGAUACCCAAAGUGAUAAUUCAAGUCACUAAAAAUUGCCCAACUGUGUUCAAGAUAUAUGACCUUACUUAAUUACUAAUUCAGAAUUAUAGAAACCUAAAUAUUGAUUCUAACCACUCAUCUAAGCCAUGUGCUUAGACUGCUACACCUGUAAUUUAUUUAUUGAGAAAUUCAAGAAAAUGUAACACAAGUAACUCAUAUUAAUGAGUUACUAGAAAAGAUUUCCUUGUUCUUUAUACCAGGUACUAUGUUAAUAAUAUCACUUAAAUUUUAGUGUAAGCCCGUAAAACUCGAGUUCAGAUUGGUGUCCAUCUAAUUCUAUUGUCAUGUAGAAAGAUAGUAAAUUCAUUUUGACAUAGUUGUAUAUACACUACACUACCCAUUGUGAUUGUUAAAUUCUCUUGCAAGCAGUUAACUGGUUCAAAUAAAAAUUAUAGGAACAAACUGCACCUGCUUAAAAGUGGAAGAGCUACAGACUCUUGCCAUUGAUCUGUGAAAGGGUUGAUAAUAUAAACUCUAUGGCAUGGAAAGCAAUGAAAUGUAAAACAUGACCUGCACUCAACAGUUUGUUUUUUUCAGGAAAAUGUGAAUGAGAUCAGCACUAAUCUGCAUUAUGUUGACUAAUUGUAAACACUGACAGUCAUGUCAGUGUAGUAAGAGUAAUAUAACACAUUAUAAUGUUUAACAUUUUUCUUUUUACUGUAGUAUGCAACUAUUAUAAAAACUAUUUAACUAUAAUAUGUUUUACUCUCUAAAACUUAUCUAAGAAUAACAUAGAGAAAGCACAACAUAAGCAGAAAAGGUAUGGAUAUAAAUUGAGCUGAGUAUCAUUUUUUGUGCGCAAGAUGCUUCAAUUUUGAGUUUAUCAUUUCGUUUACAUACUUUUAAAUGCUUGUUAUAUUUGUGUAAUAAAAAAAUACCUGCUGUUACUUUAAUUAAUAUUCUUGUAGGUUACUGUUUAUAAGCAGUAUAAAAAUUGUUCCAAAAUGUUUUAAAUUGAGUUUUGAUUUUAUGAAAUAAACAUCUGUGAUUUUUUAUUAUUGUUUUUUUUUUACUAUUUUCUGUUUAUAUUUAUAUUAUUGUUUGGUUGGUUUUGCACACUGGGCAUAGCUAUACAUUUUUGUAGUUUAGUAAAAGCUGUCUGAUUGCAAUAGCAAGCUUAGCAUCUUGAAAUAAAAGUAGAUUAAAUCAAACAAGUGUGUCUUUAUUUUCCAUCAUCUUGUUGUAAGCAGAUGUACUAUAAUAUAGGGUUAAAACCAAUUAACCCUUUUGUAACGGGAGCCCCCUUUAAACACAUUUCUGCCCAAGUCACUUUGUUGCAAUCAAAAUUUAAUUAAACACCUUUACUAUCAGUAUAUGUGAAUGAAAUUAAGAAUAUAACGUAUGUUAUUAUUCAAAGUUUUAUCCAAAUCUUAAGUCCUUUAUUUCAAAAUACAUCUUUAAAAAAACUACUUCAGAUGUACUGUCAUGUGACCAACGAACUAUGAAAAUUCUCGUCUUUGGGUCCUGUGUCUUCAAUAAUACAAUGGUAGUUGAUUGGAGGUACAUCUAGACAAUAAGAUGCUUACAUAACCUUUUGACUCAUUCAUUUCAAAGUUCUCUGAAUAAAUACAGUUAAAACAAGUAAUACAUUUUUUCAACCCCCUUACAGCUGCCACACCUACCUUCAACAGGUUUGUUUGAGCUUUAUAGCCUAAAUGUAGAUGUUACAUAUCUAUGUGUAUAGUUACUUGAAAGAGCUAUUUUAGACUAUAAUCUAACAACAGUUAUAUUGAAAUUGGCACCCAGUUGCCAUCACGGAGUACGUGGAACUGAUUAUAGUAUUGUUGGUUGCUUGAUUGACUACAGCACUUAGUUGUUUCUUACCUAAAUAUGUUAUACAAAGGAAUACAGUUUACUAUUAUAUUUUAGUUAAUCAUGUGUUAAUUAUGUUUUCAAAGGUUAACAUUUUUUUAAAUAUACAUCAUACUUUGCAUCCAUUCUCUAGGCUUAUGAUAUUACAUGCUGAACGAACACUUUGCAGAAGAGUUGCGCAUGUCUCCCAAAUAAACUGUAAUAUGCCCCAAGGACACUGUUGAUGUGUGUUGAGAUGAAUAAUAAGUGGUAAAGGACAAGAGAGGAAAAUAAAACAAAAAUGAACUAUAUGUGAAAAGGA